AUGCUUCUAGGAAAAGCUGGCAAGUCUUCCUCUGGCAAGGCUGGGUCCGGUGACGCCAAGACUCAGUCGCGCUCUGCGCGCGCGGGUUUGCAGUUCCCCGUUGGUCGUAUCCACCGUCUCUUGAAGAAGGGCAAUUACGCACAGCGUGUCGGUGCCGGUGCACCCGUGUACCUCGCCGCCGUCCUUGAAUAUCUUGCCGCCGAGAUUCUCGAGCUCGCCGGCAACGCUGCGCGCGACAACAAGAAGCAGCGUAUCGUCCCCCGUCACUUGCAGCUUGCCAUCCGGAACGACGAGGAGCUGAACAAGCUCCUUGGCGACGUCGUCAUCUCGCAGGGUGGUGUCGUGCCAUUCAUCCGGCCAGAGCUUCUGCCUACCGCAACGGGCAAGAAGGGCAAGGCCGAGGGCUCGCAAGAGGUUUAA